AUGGCGGAACCGCAUCGGUAUGCGGAAGAGGCCAACGAGGCCCUGGAUCCGGAGCUUCUGUACACAAAGGAAUACUGCAUUGGCGGUGGUAGCUUUGGCAAGGUGUUCAAGGGGGUCGAUAAACGAAGCGGUCGCUCUGUCGCCAUCAAGAUCAUCGACGUUGAAAAUGCCGAAGACGAGGUUGAAGACAUCAUCCAGGAAAUCGCCAUCCUGUCCGAGUUGCAGUCUCCAUACGUGACAAAGUACUACGGAUCCUAUGCAAAGGGCGCCGAGCUAUGGAUUGUCAUGGAGUUUUGCGCGGGCGGGAGCUGUGCCGACCUUAUGAAGCCGGGUAUCAUGGGCGAGGACUACAUUGCAAUCAUCAUAAGGGAGUUGCUGAUGGGUCUGGACUAUCUCCACACGGACAAGAAAUUGCAUCGGGAUAUUAAAGCGGCCAAUGUACUUUUGGGGGCCAACGGCCAGGUUAAACUGGCCGAUUUUGGCGUGUCGGGUCAGCUUUCGGCCACCAUGACGAAGAAGAACACGUUUGUCGGGACUCCGUUUUGGAUGGCACCAGAGGUCAUUAAACAAUCUGGAUAUGAUCACAAGGCUGAUAUUUGGUCACUCGGUAUCACGGCUCUCGAACUUGCGAACGGCGAGCCUCCUUACGCGGAUAUUCACCCCAUGAAGGUCCUCUUUCUCAUCCCGAAAAACCCCCCUCCGAGGCUGGAAGGAAACUUUACAAAAGCAUUCAAGGAUUUUGUCGAACUGUGUCUGCAGCGAGACCCCAAGGAACGGCCGACGGCCAGGGACCUUUUGCGGCAUCCAUUUAUCCGAAAGGCAAAGAAGACUACAUAUCUUACUGAGCUGAUAGAGCGACAUUCCAGGUGGGCGGCGACACACAAGACGGACGAGGAAGAGCCAUGGGAUGCCCACGAGAGUGCGCCACCGGAGAGAACGCGAGUCAACGAAGACAUGUGGGAUUUUGGCACCGUCCGCCUUGUCAAUGACCGUACCGGCAUCGUCAGCCGGGCGCCAAUGCUCAACCCGCUCGGUGCAAGUGCUACUAACACGAGAGCCACGCGGAACUCUGCCGAUUACGGUGAAAGACGGCGCGAGCCAUCCAGCCCGACAAAAAUGAGGGAGAUGGCCCUUCAACCAAGCGAUACGCUCAAGGCAAAGGAUCCGGCUAGUGCGGGAGCAUCACGGCAAUCGAGCCCGCAGCGGAAAUAUACACCCACUCAACACGCUCCCACUCAACACACUCCCACUCAACAGCAGCGUGGCUUUGUAUCCAAAGCGGCUCCUCCGCCUCCUAGUCCUGUGCCACCAUCGCCUGACUACGACCGGGAGCUUCAGGAACACUUGCAGCGCGACAUGGGGAUACUAAACCUAAAUAUAGAUCUACCUGAUCCCGUGCCUACACCCUCACCUCCUCCUCCCCCGGCGCCUGCGCAUAAGAAGAUUUCCAUACCCCCUGGGUUUGAAAAGUUCGAGAAGCCGGUGCCGCCUGCUCAUGGAGUUUCGCCACGAUCAACGAGCGGUAAGAUUGCACCGAGAUGGGACGUGGCAGAAAUCCCACCGUUCAGAAACCCUUCGCCAAAACCGCAGCCUCAACCGCAGUCUACCGUGCAGCGAACGGUAGCUCCAGUUGUGCCGCUGUCCCCAGUAGCUCGAUUACCGGCUCCAUCUGCACCAGCACCAGCACCCGCCCCUGCUCCGGUUCUUGCUCCUGCUCCUGCACCGGUUCCUGCUCCUAGUCCUGCAAAAGUGUCUACUCCAUCAGCGUCGGUAUCCUCGUUGCGGUCACAAGGCCAUUCCCCAAGACUGUUGGAAACAUUUCCUUCGCCUCCGGCUCCGAACCCCAACGGGGAGCUGGAUGCUCUCAACGACGUCAUCUUUCCUGCGCUUGAAGAGGCUCUGAAGCGACGGCAGAUUCGGCUCCAGCAUAUGUACAAGCCUGUGCCCAGCGGUUCAACCGUGUCGUCGAAGCAGCAGCGAGCCGAGGCUGCUCAUGAAAAAGUUCGCAAACUGGUCUAUAAGCUAGCACAUGUUUGCAAGGAGAUUGACUACUAUGAUAAAGCAGAACCCGUAGGUAUGGGGAGGGACGUUGGGAACUUUUUGGAGGGGCUGCUUGAGGAGAUUUUGGUUCGAGUUGAACCACUGGACGAGGACGAGGCGUAA